UUCCUCGGCAGUCAGUAUUCUUCCUUCGCUCAUAACCCGCGUUUCGAACAUAAUUUUAUAAAUCUGUGAAAAUUCAUCGUAGUGUUGCACAGUGUUUCUGAAUUCCUGAUCGAACAUGCAGCGUAUACCAACCGUCUUAUCGCGGAACAUGGCGUUCCUCAGCCACAUGAGAAUGUCUGGUGAACCAGGUAGUGGCGCAGGAAAGGGUGGUGGUGGCGGUGGCAGCAUCAGGGAAGCUGGUGGAAGUUUUGGCAAGAUGGAAGCAGCACGCGAAGACCAAUACUUCUACAAUCAGCAAAAGGAGCAGUUGAAAAAUCUGCGUGACGGUCUUCAUGAUGAGAUCUCUUUUCACGAGGAACAGAUAAAGCGUCAUCAGGAGGCCAUAGAGCGCCACAAGGCUCGAAUUGGAAAGAUGGAGAAGUAAAAAUGUAUGCAGGAUUUGACGAAUAGCUGAACCGCCAUACAUCAAAUUAAAUCAUUGUAUUUUUAAUGUCAAUGAUAGUCAAUGACAUCUUGAAUGGAAUUUUUUUUUUUAAACUAUUAAAUCUUUAAAUAUUAUGUAGAAAUAAAGUAUACAGCUUUUCAUAGUUAAAAAAGUUGUACGAACUCAUAUUUCAUCAUCCAAAACUAUGUUGUAAUUAAGCUUUGAGCUAUUGCACACUUGGCAUACUAGCUCCCAGCUUUAACUGAACUAAUUUAACGAUGCAAUUCUUUUCUAUUUCUAAUAUUUUUGGUUUUGUAAGUUCCAAUUGCUAGUAUAAUACUAUCUGUAUCAGGUUUUAUCACAUUGUCACGUUAUAAAAAUGGGAAUUCCACUUG